AUGGCCAACAAUCAAGGCCACCAAACUACCCCAUCCAACGUGCCUUUCCUCGACACAGCACAGCUGAUCAACGUUGCAGUGAAGGACCAGGCUGCUAAGCACUCAACUAUUCUUAUGAAGAUGGAGGAAAUCAUAGAGGCAUAUCUAGAAACCACCAUAAGGAAUGUGGUUGUCCUUGUGCCUAUUUACUUCAAUGACCCACAACGUCAAACCACCAAGGAUUUUAGUGUCAAUUCUGGGCUCAACGUGAUGCAAACUAUCCACCUGUCUACCACGACUGCCAUUGUUUAUGGGCUCGACAAGAAGGCCAUUAAUUAUGCUGAGAAGAACAUUUUCAUUUUUUAUCUCAGUGGUGGGAUUCAUGGUUUGACAUCCCUCUUUGCUCUGUGUAGCAGAAAUUUAGAUGUUGGUGUAGCUGCUGGGUUUGUUUCUUUGUUAUGUGGCAUAGGCCACAACCCCACCCUCUCGACCUUCACGUGUUGCAAACCCUCGAUGUAG